AAUCAAGAGAUAGUCGUUGGCAAUCAGGCAAUUGCAUCUACCUCUCAACCAAACCAAUAAUUGCAUUGGCAAAAUAUCUCCCACUCAUUCGGCGGUGACUUGACUGAUCCAGUUCUCUUCCUGGCCGGAAGAGUCUUCCAUUGCCUUUUCUUCUUUUCUUACAUGCCCACUCAUCUUACAGGAAAAACUGUGAUCAGUGCACCUACUGAGAGCCUCGUCCUCUUCUGCCCCUUCUUCAUUUCACCAGCAGUCAAACAACAACCGUUCCUGCUUUUUCCACCCGUUCAUACUUCAUACACAUACAAUCUGUUUCUGCUUUUUCCACUUUACCUUUUCUUCUUCUCCUUUUCUUGGUAGUUUCGUUUCAUCUUACACGCCUUUGACUUCACACUGACGUUGAUCGAAGCUCCCAGGAAACUGUGAUCAAGCAGUGUACCUAUAUUUGAGCUGUGCUCCUUUUCAGUUCUUCUUCCUCUUCCGCUCCUUCUUCAUUCCAUCAGCGAGGUGAGCGUGAAAUCAAACAAAAAGCUAGAUUCGAUGGCCAUCCAAUUGAGAGCUUCUUCCUCAUUCUCUUCUGUCCCUUUUUCCACCCGUUCAUACACAUACGAUGUGUUUCUGAGUUUCAGAGGCGAGGAUACGCGCUACAAUUUUACAGGUCAUUUGCACAGAAAUUUGGUUCAAAGGGGGAUCAACACUUUCAUAGAUGAUGAUGAUCUUCCAAGAGGAGAGGAAAUAUCAGAAGCACUUCUCCGAGCCAUUGAAGGAUCAAAGCUCUCUCUCAUUGUGUUCUCUGAAAACUACGCAUCCUCAAAGUGGUGUUUGGAUGAACUGGUUCAUAUCCUUGGAUGUAGAAGAUCAAAGAAACAAAUGGUUUGGCCAAUCUUUUACAAAGUGGAUCCCUCGGACGUAAGACACCAAAGAGGCACAUUUAGUAAGGCACUUGCAGAGCAUGAGCACCGAUUCGAAGAUGACAAGAACAAGGUGUUAAGAUGGAGAGAAGCUCUUUCAGAAGCAGCAAAUUUAUCUGGGUGGCAUUUCCCGGGCGGGCAUGAAUAUGAAUCUAAAUUUAUUGAUAGAAUCAUUAAAGAGAUUUCUGCACAAGUAAUAAAACAUACCCCUUUGAAUGUGGCAAAGUUUCCAGUCGGGAUAGAAUCUCGUGUACAAGACAUGCUUGAACUCUUGGAUGUUGGGGGAAGUGAUAUACGCAUGGUAGGGAUAUGGGGAAGUGGUGGAAUAGGGAAGACAACAAUUGCUAAAGCUGUUUACAAUACAAUUGUCCAUGAGUUUGAAGAUAGUUGCUUUUUGGAAAAUGUUAGAGAACGUUCCGUGCCACAUGAAGGUCUGGUCAACCUACAAAACAUUAUUCUUUCAAAGAUUCUAGGGGGCAAAGAACUGAAUGUAAUCAAUGUUGAUAAAGGAAUCAAUUUGUUGCGUGAAAGGUUGAGAAAUAAAAGGAUUCUGUUAAUUCUUGAUGAUGUGAAUAAAUCGGACCAGUUAGACACAUUAGCCGGAGCACCUGAUUGGUUUGGUCGUGGCAGCAGAAUUAUCAUAACAACAAGAGAUAAACGUUUGUUGACUGUUCACGAAGUCAAUCCUAUAUACAAAGCUAGGGAACUAGGUCAUCACGAAGGUUGCGAGUUCUUCAGUUCAAAUGCCUUCAAGAAUAAGAGAAAUUUAGAUGACAAUGAGAAGCUCUUAGUUAGGACUGUUGUUGAAUAUGCUCAAGGCCUUCCAUUAGCCCUAGAAAUUUUGGGUUCACAUCUAUAUGGUAGACCUAUAUAUGACUGGCAAGCUAUGUUAGAUGGUUAUAAAAGAAAUCUUCCCAAAGACAUUCGAGAUAUUCUCAAAGUAAGUUAUGAUGGACUGGAAGAAAUAGUGAAAGAAGUUUUCCUCGACAUUGCUUGUUUCUUCAAAGGUUGGAAGACAAAUGAUGUGAUACAAAUACUAGAUGGUUGUGACCGCAACAACCCCACGCAUAGUAUUGAAGUUCUUGAAGAAAAGGCUCUCAUAUAUGUUGAUCGUUAUGGUAAGAUUUGCAUGCAUGAUUUGCUAGAAGAGAUGGGAAAAGAUAUAGUUCAGCAAGAGUCUACAGAGCCCGGUGAGCGAAGCAGAUUGUGGCAUCACAAGGAUGUGCAGGAGGUACUAACAGAAAACACGGGAACAAGUAAAAUUGAAGGUAUAAUGAUAAAGAUGCCUACAGCAGAUGAGAUACGCUUGAGUCCUAAAUGCUUCAAAAAGAUGAGAAAUCUUAAAAUUUUUAUAAACGUGAAUGGACGGUUUUGUGGAAAGGUUGAUUAUUAUCCGAAUCAGUUGCAGUUACUUUUUUGGCGUAACUAUCCGGUACAAUCUUUGCCCUCCGAUUUUAAUAUGAAGAAUCUGGUUCAACUUAAUAUGCCUUGCAGCCGCAUCUCACGUUUUGGAGAAGGAUUCAAGAGUAUGGAAAAUCUGAAAUCCUUAAAUUUGAGUGAAUGUAAAUUCCUAGCACAAAGCCCAGACCUGUCUGGAAGCCCAAACUUAGAGUUCCUGGAUCUAAGCUAUUGUAAAAGUUUAAAGAAGGUUCACCCUUCGGUUGGAUCCCUCAAAAAGCUUGUUGACCUGAAUCUUAAAAGAUGCUCUAACCUUGUGAGGCUACCAGGAGAAGUCAACUGGAGAUCCCUCCGAUCCAUUAAUCUCGACUGGUGCACAAGGCUGGAGAGUUUCCCUGAAAUUGAGGGGGAGAUGAAAUACAUGACAUCCUUGCAUCUAGACCACACUGGCAUCAAAGCAUUGCCUUCAUCCAUUGGAUAUCUAAUUAACCUUAGAUCGUUGGUGUUAGAUAAUUGUGGAAACCUCACAGAUCUACCUUGCGGCAUUUAUGAAUUGCAGAAGUUAGUGAUCGUUUCUUUGACUGAUUGCCCAAAACUCGAAACCUUCCCAAAAAAGGUGGAGUCUGAAGUGCUUCCAACUUACUCAAAGGUUUCACAUGACAACCGUGACUCUUUAUUGAAUAGUCACGAUUGGCGUGCAGGCAGUUCAUUAGAGCCAAAGCCAGACAUUGAAUUCAAUUCGGCGCUUCCUUGGCUAGAUCGAUUCAGUGCGAGGGGAUGCAAUUUGUCUAAUAGUGAUUUCCUCGCGUCCCUUGAUUGUGCAUCCAAUUUAGAGAGACUUGAUUUAUCAGGAAGCCCCAUUGUUAUUCUUCCCGAAUGCAUCAAGAAAUUUGUCAACUUGUCGGGACUCUCUUUGAGAGGCUGCAGGAGGCUCGUAGAAAUUCCAGAGCUUCCACCAAGUAUUAGCGAGUUGGAUGUGAGGGAUUGCGUAUCAUUGGAAAGAAUUUCAAAGUUGUCAAACAUUUUGGAGCGUAAAGAAUCACAAAUAAUGAUUAAGGAGAUGGACUUGACUAAUUGCUGGAGACUCUGUCAAAAUUUGGUUCAGAUGGCAAACAAGGAUGAUGAUGAUGAAGUGCACGCUGAUCUCUUCUUUCGACUCCUAUCUUCUCAGCAAUCCAAAUUCACAAUUACAUUUCCAGUUCCAAGAUGCGAGGUUCCAAAGUGGUUCAGCUGUCAAAUGGAUUUCAUGGGGCAUCUACGGUUUGAAUUUUGUAUUGAAACACUUGCAAAUUUCAAAUGGGAGAACACAGGAUUGGCUCUCUGUGUUGCUGUUGAUCAAAACCUGCAACAUACUUAUUUUCUGGUCCAUAUUCACAUCAAUGAAGUACUUGUUUCAAAAAUCUUCUACUGGUUGGUUAAUUCAGCAGAGUCGAAUCAUAUGUGGCUGCACUAUGUUCCCUUCCUUGAAAUGUGGCGAUUUGGUUAUAUGCGUCCGUUGCCCCCUUUUACGUGUCGAGUCAUUAUUUAUCAAUUUGAGGAAUCUAUGCCUUCCAUAAAAAGCUGUGGUGUCCACCUUGUAAUGCCACCCAAUGAAGACGUUUGUAUGAAGCUAAUCCGUGCAGAGAACCUCACCAGUAAAUAUCCUGGUGGUGAACGUGAAAAGGACUUCUGGGACAAUUAUCGUCCCAAACAGAGGACUGACUGCAAAGAAUUAUUUACUGAUGCACAACUGGAGAACGAAAAGCUGUAAUUAUUGAUGCAGCAUGGCAUUGUCUAUGGACCAGUGUCACGGAUACAGGGAAUGCCCUGAGGAAUCUAAGGAAGCUGUUGCAUCACUAAUGGUUACUGCAGCAAUUUCGCAGUGCAAACCGUGAAAUUUUGGAUAUGUAUAGGGUUUCAGGCACAAGCAUCGAUCUGUGUAAGCAAAGCUAUGAAAUGGUGGGAGAAAGCCCUAAAACUGAACAUGGUGGAGAUCCAUUCUGCUAAGAACUCAUUGAUUCUUUGCAUAAUGCUGGUGAUAGAUUGGUUGUAGUGGAUUUUUACUCACCUGGUUAUGGAGAUUGUAGAGCUCUCCAUCCCAAGGUAUAUUUCAUAUUUCAUUUUUAGGUAUCGAGUCAUAUUUCAUUGCUGUUUUGUUCGCAUACUCAUAAUCAGAGUAAUUUUGUAUCUAACCAGCUUAGAAUACGAGCUUUCCUUCUACUGGGUUUUUCCUGCCACGCCCCGAAUUUUGAAUAGUAAAUUCAAAUCCGAAACAUGAAUUAAAUCACUUAAAUAAAUAAACGUUCUGAAUUUUUUUCUCAAAAUAACAUCACACACGAUGCAUAACUCCAAAUCUCGAAACCUCGAGUCAUUCUUACAAUUUACUUUCAUAAGCAAUAUUGUAAAGCUCUAAAUGAGCAUACACACCUCCCAAAGUAAAUCAGAUUGAAGCAAUUGCAGCUUCUCUACGCAGCUCGAUCUCCGUCCUGAUUCUUUUAACCUGUAGUAGUACCCGCUACACAAUUUGAAUAGUGUU